CCCUAAAAUUUACACACAGUCACAUAGUGCGCUUUACAACAACAAUGGAAGGAGAGAAAACCGACAGAUUCGACUCGCUGAUUAAGCUCUGCCAGCCAACCUCAUCCCAGGAGGCUGAAUUGGAUGACUGUCCCUUCGGUUGGAUUGUGAAAUCCGACCGCGACCCGGAUUUAUCGUCUCCGUCUCCCUCGCCGACUGAACCCGCCGGAAUAGUUAUGGUUUCGGGACCGGAUAGCGGUCCAAUUGACCAACGUACACCUCAGGAUGAUGCAGAAUUGGAAUUUCAAACCCCUCCAGAGCAGCAAGCCCGCUUCUCAUCUGAAGACCACUAUGUUGACGCUGGAGAACCACCCACAGCCUUUGAUCCUGGAGACAGCUUAAGGACCGUUGAUUUGAGUGAGGACACUUUGGUAGUUGGGGCUGAUGAAUUGAGGAAAAAUGGGGUUUUGGAGGAGGAAUUGGAUAAUGACUCUGUGUUGAAGAAGAAAGGGGUUUCUGAGGAGGAUAUGGAAUUGGAAUGGGAUGGUGAAACCAUGCCUAUUGGUGAAACGGAGCCCACUACAGUCGAAGUUGAAGGAAGCAAUAAUGUGCAUGAUACCGAUGUUAUCAAUAUGGAAACAGAAGAAAUUGGCGAGGAACUAACCACCGUAAAUUUGGGUGAAGAUUCGGUGGAGAAGUUGUGCAACGAAAAUGUUGUGGUUGGGGAAAAUGCUGAUGCGCAAAAAACUGGAGAGACCCCUGGAUUCACUGAAACUCCUGAUUUGCUAGUAGCUGGUGCAAGUGAAGAAUUUGUUAGAGUGAGCAAAAAUUGUGAUGAGGGAAAAACUAGUGAAUAUAGGGAGGUUGUUGAGGUUACAGAAAGUGAGAAGGCAUGUAAUAAUACAGGUGGGGAUGGAGAUUUGUGUAGUUUUAUGAAUAUGGAAGGAAUCGACGAGUUCAAGUAUGUCAAUGAUGGCGUUAUUGAGAGGAAGAGGAAGGAGAGAGUUUGUGGAGUUGACAGUCGUGUUGGUGGACAGUAUGAGUUGCCAUUAUCCAUGAAGGGUAAAGAGCAGAAUAUUGGAAGCAGCGAGGUUGUAGGGAAUGUUGGAAUGAUUAAUGGAUUUUUCGAUGAUUUGUUGGAAGUUUUGAAGCCUGUCGUUCCCAAAGUGGAUAGAGACUCUGAGGAUGUGGAUUUCUUGGAGAUUGCUAAGAGACGGGGUUUGACUUUUCCUCAACCUAGAUGGUGGUCUCCAUAGGGGUUGAUUUGGUUUCUAGACUGGGAAAAUGAUGAUUUAGGAUGUUCGGUGUCCCUCUGAGGCGGUUGCUCCGAAUGUUUAUGAUGACUAUUACGAUGUGGAUUUCUUGGAGAUAGCUAAGAGAUAAGGUGCAACUUUUCCCGGACCUAGCUGGUGGUCUUCAUAGGGUGUUGAUGACUUGUUUGUGGACCAAGAAAAUAUUGGUUUAGGAGUUACAAUGUUUAUAUCUAAGGCGAGGUUGUUCAUAAUGAAGAUGGACAGUGAUGGUGAGGAUUUCUAGGAGUUAGCUAAGGUACUCGGCCUAGAUGGUGGCCUCCAUAGGGCGUUGGUGACUGGUUUAUGGACUGGGAAAAUGAUUAUUUAGGAGGUUUGGUGUCUAUAUCUCAUGGCAAUUUUAAUGUUUUGGAAAAAAAGGAUCGAAAUUCAACUAAGUUGACAUGUAAAUAGUACUAUUGAUGUAGGGCUUGCAAUGAUAUCUAUUGUUGAUUCCACGUUUGCACUAGUUACCAGUUAGAUAUGGAAUAAAUGCCAAAUGUGACUUCAGCCGACUUCAGUCCUAUGGAGCUAUACUGACACUUUGCCUUUGACAAGUUGUCUCUACUGGCAAAAAUCGUCCAAGGAAAAUGCUAUAGGCGAGAAACAUGGUAGGUGUGCACCGAGGGAGCAUAGAAUAGCGAGGAAAGGGAGACCUGCACAUCUUGGCUUAGAACAUGAUGAUCAAGAUGGAGAACCUUCUUGUCUAUCUAGACGAUCCCAGGUGUUUAUAGCAUUUCUUAGAGCUAGCCGGAAAACGAAGGCGUGCCUAGGAGGAACUUCUUUGAAUUAAAUAAGCUCGAGUAUUUUCAAGGUUGAUUUUCAUAUACAACAAAAUCUGCUUAUGAUUCCAUAUUUUAUACUCUUAUGAAACUGGAGUAAGACG